GCCAACCAUUCCACCUCCGUCAACUGCAAAUCUGUCCCGGCACAACUUGCAAAAAUGACGAAACGCACAAAGAAGGUCGGCGUAACCGGAAAGGUCCGUAGUAUCCCGCAUAAACCCACGAUGCGCUACGGUACCCGAUAUGGCGCCUCCCUGCGUAAGCAGGUCAAGAAGAUGGAAAUCACCCAGCACGCCAGAUACACAUGCACAUUCUGCGGAAAGGUCUCAGUGAAGCGUCACUCGGUUGGAAUCUGGGAAUGUCGAUCGUGCAAGAAGACCGUUGCCGGCGGCGCCUGGACUGUCUCUACCCCAGCUGCGGCUGCCACCCGAUCCACGAUUCGUCGCUUGAGGGAGAUUGCGGAGGUUUAGGCGGAUUGUUUUCAGCAUGAAAUGGGAUACUUUGCCGGGGUUUCGAGUUUCCUUCUGGGUUUCAACU